AAAGUGUUGCCAACUGUGACGAAAAAACUAGCGCACAGCGAAAGACACUGCAGAUUGGUGGAGAAUCCAUUGCGUCCAUUUGUCCAUUUGUGGAGUUGUCUGGUGUUUUUUCCCUUGAAUUUCUUGACAUUCUCGCAGCAGUAAAAAUGGACUUAUUCAAGGAAUUGAAUGAUAUUUUGGAGAGUUUUUCUAACACCUGGGAUGUGCCUGGAUAUAUGGGGAAGCCUUUUGUUGAAGGCCGGCUGCAUAGGAUGUCUUCGCAAACGCCAAAGCCGAAAGUGAUAACAGCCUUCUUUUUGGACAACCUCGAGCGUGAGUUCAUACCGGAGAAGAGCUUCAAUGAGCUGCGCCGCGAGAUGACGGACUUGGGAAAUGGACUGUUCAAGAAAACUCUGACUGAAGGAUUCGGAGAUGUACUGCAGAACAACAAAAUGGUCACAUUGCAUUUCUCCAGCUACAAAGAAGGCAAUGCAACACUCAGCAAUUCAUCGUAUCUCGCCCAGGAACCAGUUAUCUUCGUCCUGGGUAAGGAAAAGGACUUGUUGCCGGGAUUUGAGAAGGCCGUGCGCACAAUGCGUAAUCAAGAGAAGGCGCACUUCAUCAUUCCGCGCAUGUACAGCCAAGGAGCGAUUGCUGAAGAUCCCGAUAAUCUCAAGGAUGAAUUCGUGGAGAUUGAAAUUGUCAGAGUGGCGACGCAUAUACCAGAGAAUGAGAAAAUCCGUCUUUUGACGAACUUUAAUAUGGCUUUAGACGCUAUUCGAGAGCUUCGUCGGAAGGGAAAAGCUGCGUUUUCCGCUGGAUUCUAUCGUGCUGCUGCCUUCGAAUACAUCAGUAUUUUGCUCCUGCUUAUGAACAGUAUCGCUCAGAAUCAUUCAGAGAACGACCAACGGCUGCAGCUUCUUGUACAAAUGUGUCUCAACUGUGGCAUAGCAUUCAACAAGAUUGGCAUUUACGAUCCUUCUUCAGCAGUGCUGCAUCUUGCUUAUGCCUUAACGGACAAUGGAGUUCCAGCUGAAGACACCCUCAAGGGAAAGAUCUGCCUUCAUGCUUGCCGGGCUUUCCGAUUGAGCUGGCAGCGCGAAAACAAGGAAGCCACGGAGUAUUUCUAUAGAGCUCGCAACUAUUUGGGCGACAUUCCGGAAAUCAAGGCAGAACACGAAGAACUCCGCAAGUUCUACAACACAUACAUGACUCUUAUUGCCCUCGACAAACCCAUUUCCGAUAUGUUCAAGUCGAAGUAUCCCAGAAGUGAGGCGCCUAUUGCAUUGAGCAAGAGUCAAAAGUUCUUUGAGGAUCUUUUUGACCCCAUGCUGAAGGAUUUCAUGCGUUCCAAGGACAACAAGAGGGAAUUUUUUGCGGUUCACGGCAACUUCGACAUUGAAUGGGCAAAAGACGUGGCCACCAAGUACAAGAGGAUCAAACUCAAAGUGCAUCUAAAUGAGGAGCUGAAUUAUGUGCGAUAUGUUGUCACGAAGAAGUAACUGGACUUCGAACAAUGGACAAAUUUCUUAUCACGUUCAUUGCUUUCAUUAAUUGCUAUAACUUCAUAUUAUCAAUCAUGAAAUGUGUUUUUAUGAAUUGGCGCUAUUUUUCUUGAAUAAAUCACUGUUCCUCAUCAAUCAAUUCUUUAUCUUUUUUUUCCAAAAAUGAUUCAUUCACUUCACUUUCACUGGAAGUUGAUUAUUCACAUUUUCUUGUGAGCUUCUUAUUCUUAUCCUAUAAGUAAAGAUUGUAAACGCUGUGACUCAUUUUUUGAUAGAAUUUUCAGCACUAUUCUGUGAAAUUCAAUUCAAGUCUUGAUGAACUCUUCGAGCCCUUCUGUGAUGAAUGUGACGAACGUGAUAAACAACUCGUAAACAAAACUAAUAAUAAUAAUAAUAAAUAAACAAAUUGCGGCCAAGAAGAUGGAAUUCGAAAUAGCGAUUCAAUAUUCUGUUGAUUCAGCCAAAAUCAUAUCGAGUAGAUCGACUCUGGCUGUCGAUGGACAAUCGAGCAGAAAUAGUUGGAAAACGGGCAUCAAAAAGUGAGUGGAAAUUUUGCUGCAGAUCGUUGCUUUUUAAAAGUCGGGUCAAAAAGUGUUGCCAAAAUCUUCGUGUGAAAAUUCAACGCACGUCGAAAGACACUGCAAAGUGAAAAAGGAGUCCAUUGCAGUGUGUAGUCGAUUGCGAACUUGCGUAAUCGCAUUGGUUU